AUGGCUAUUGUGAAAAGAGGUGGACGUACCAAGACAAAACAACAACAAGUACCUGCCAAAUCUUCAGGUGGAGCAAGUGGUGGUGGUGGCAUCAAGAAAGCUGAAUUUGAUAUCACCAAAAAGAAAGAAGUGGGUGUAUCUGAUUUAACUCUUUUAUCAAAAAUCACUGAUGAAGCAAUCAAUGAAAAUUUACAUAAAAGAUUUAUGAAUGAUACUAUUUAUACUUAUAUUGGUCAUGUGUUAAUUUCUGUUAAUCCAUUUCGGGAUUUAGGAAUAUACACUUUAGAAAAUUUAAAUAAAUAUAAAGGAAGAAAUAGAUUAGAAGUACCACCUCAUGUAUUUGCUAUUGCCGAAUCCAUGUAUUAUAAUUUGAAAUCAUAUGGUGAAAAUCAAUGUGUCAUUAUAUCAGGGGAAUCAGGAGCUGGUAAAACUGAAGCAGCAAAACAAAUAAUGCAAUAUAUUGCUAAUGUUUCUGUAGAUCAAGAUAAUAUUGAAAUAUCCAAAAUUAAAAAUAUGGUAUUAGCCACAAAUCCACUUUUAGAAUCAUUUGGUUGUGCUAAAACAUUAAGAAAUAAUAAUUCUAGUAGACAUGGGAAAUAUCUUGAAAUUAAAUUUAAUGAAAAUAAUUAUCAACCAAUUGCUGCUCAUAUUACCAAUUAUUUAUUAGAAAAACAAAGAGUUGUUUCUCAAAUCACUAAUGAACGUAAUUUCCAUAUAUUUUAUCAAUUCACCAAAAAUUGUCCUCCACAAUAUCAACAAAUGUUUGGUAUUCAAAGUCCAGAAACUUAUGUUUAUACUUCUGCAGCUAAAUGUAUUAAUGUUGAUGGAAUUGAUGAUGCUCAAGAUUUCCAAGACACUCUUAAUGCCAUGAAAAUCAUUGGAUUAACACAACAAGAACAAGAUAAUAUAUUUAGAAUGUUGGCGGUGAUUUUAUGGAUAGGUAAUAUCUCAUUUAUUGAAGAUGAAAAUGGUAAUGCUACUAUUCGUGAUGAUUCAGUAACAAAUUUUGUUGCCUAUCUUUUGGAUGUUAAUUCAGAAAUUUUAAAAAAAGCCAUUAUUGAAAGAACUAUUGAAACAAGUCAUGGAAUGAGACGAGGUUCAACUUAUCAUUCACCAUUAAAUAUUGUACAAGCUACAGCUGUACGUGAUGCACUUGCUAAAGGGAUUUAUAAUAAUCUUUUUGAAUGGAUUGUAGAAAGAGUUAAUGUUUCUUUAUCAAGUCAUCAACAACAAUCAUGUAAAACAAUUGGUAUUUUAGAUAUUUAUGGAUUUGAAAUUUUUGAACAUAAUUCUUUUGAACAAAUUUGUAUCAAUUAUGUUAAUGAAAAAUUACAACAAAUUUUUAUUCAAUUAACAUUGAAAGCUGAACAAGAUGAAUAUGUUCAAGAACAAAUCAAAUGGACUCCAAUUGAUUAUUUCAAUAAUAAAGUAGUGUGUGAUUUAAUUGAAGCCACUAGACCUCAACCAGGAUUAUUUGCUGCUCUAAAUGAUUCCAUUAAAACUGCUCAUGCUGAUUCAGAAGCUGCUGAUCAAGUAUUUGCUCAAAGAUUAAGUAUGGUGGGAGCUAGUAAUCGUCAUUUUGAAGAUCGUAGAGGUAAAUUCAUUAUUAAACAUUAUGCUGGUGAUGUAACUUAUGAUGUUGCUGGUAUGACUGAUAAAAAUAAAGAUGCCAUGUUACGAGAUUUAUUAGAAUUGGUAUCAACUUCUAAAAAUACAUUUAUUAAUCAAAUAUUAUUCCCACCAGAUUUAUUAUCGAUAUUGACUGAUUCAAGAAAAAAACCAGAAACUGCAUCGGAUAAAAUCAAAAAAAGUGCUAAUAUUUUGGUAGAUACUUUAUCUCAAUGUACUCCAUCUUAUAUUAGAACCAUUAAACCAAAUCAAACGAAAAAACCUCAUGAUUAUGAUAAUCAACAAGUAUUACAUCAAAUUAAAUAUUUGGGUUUAAAAGAAAAUGUCCGUAUUAGACGUGCAGGUUUUGCUUAUCGUUCCACUUUUGAACGAUUUGUUCAACGAUUUUAUUUAUUAUCAUCAACAACAGGAUAUGCUGGUGAUUAUAUUUGGCGAGGAGAUGAUAUUUCUGCUGUUAAAGAGAUUUUGAAAUCUUGUCAUAUUCCAUCAUCAGAAUAUCAAUUAGGUACAACUAAAGUAUUUAUCAAGACUCCAGAAACUUUAUUUGCUUUAGAAGAUAUGAGAGAUAAAUAUUGGCAUAAUAUGGCAGCAAGAAUUCAACGAGCUUGGAGACGUUAUGUUAAAAGAAAAGAAGAUGCUGCUAAAACUAUACAAAAUGCUUGGAGAAUUAAAAAACAUGGUAAUCAAUUUGAACAAUUCCGUGAUUAUGGUAAUGAUUUAUUACAAGGUAGAAAAGAACGUCGUCGUAUGUCAAUGUUAGGAUCACGAGCAUUUAUGGGUGAUUAUUUAGGAUGUAAUUAUAAAAGUGGUGGUUAUGGUAGAUUUAUUAUUAAUCAAGUUGGAAUUAAUGAAUCAGUGAUAUUUUCUUCCAAGGGGGAAAUUUUACUUUCUAAAUUUGGUCGUUCUUCUAAAAGAUUACCAAGAAUUUUUAUUGUUACGAAAACUUCAAUUUAUAUAAUUGCCGAAGUAUUAAUGGAGAAAAGAUUACAAUUACAAAAAGAAUUUAUUAUCCCAAUAAAUAAUAUAAAUUAUCUUGGAUUAUCUACAUUCCAAGAUAAUUGGAUUGCUAUAUCAUUACAUUCUCCAACACCAAUUAUACCUGAUGUAUUUAUUAAUUUAGAUUUUAAAACUGAAUUAAUGGCACAAUUGAAAAAAUUGAAUCCAGGUAUCAUCAUAAAAAUUGGACCUACAAUUGAAUAUCAAAAAAAACCGGGGAAAUUUCAUACUGUCAAAUUUAUUAUUGGAUCAGGUCCAGAAAUCCCUAUUAAUGGUGAUCAUUAUAAAUCAGGUACUGUUAGUGUCAAACAAGGGUUGCCUGCUAGUAGUAAAAAUCCUAAAAGACCAAGAGGUGUUUCUAGUAAAGUUGAUUACAGUAAAUAUUAUAAUCGAGGAGCAGCAAGAAAAACUACUACUACUACUACUACUACUGCUGCUGCUGCUGCUGUUGCCACACCAACUUAUAACCAUCCAACGCCAAUUGUUAAUUCAGGUUAUCUGGCUCCCCAACCAGCAUAUCCAAUACCACAGCAACAACAGCAACAACAGCAAUACCAGCCACAACCACAGCAACAACAACAUCAAACACCGUAUCCUAUUCAAUCAACAAUCCCAUCUGUUAACCAUAAUCAACCCCAACAACCUCAAAGAAAAGCACCACCACCAGCUCCAAGUUUACAAGUUUCCGCUGCACAAGCUGCAAUUGGGAAAUCACCAACGCAACAAAGACAAACACCAGCUCAUAACCCAAUUGCUUCUCCAAAUAGACCUACCACCACAACUACCACCACUAGUCACACUGGUAAACCGGUUAAGAAAAUAGCACCUGCUCCUCCAAUGAAAAAGACUGCUCCUCCUCCUCCACCACCACCACCACCUACAUUAGUAAAACCUAAAUUCCCAACUUAUAAAGCUAUGUUUGAUUAUGAUGGAUCAGUUGCUGGUUCUAUCCCUCUUGUUAAAGAUACAAUUUAUUAUGUUACCCAAAUCAAUGGGAAAUGGGGGUUGGUUAAAACUAUGGAUGAAACUAAAGAAGGAUGGUCCCCCAUUGAUUAUUUAAAGGAAUGUUCACCAAAUGAGGUUCAAAAAACUGUUCCACCACCAGCACCACCAGCAUCCACAUUCACGGGAGGUAAUGUAAUUAGUACUAAUACUAAUACUAGUAGUAGUACAAAUACUACUAGUUCUCAUACAACAAAUACAACUCUGAAUGGUUCAUUAGGAAAUGGAUUAGCUGAUGCAUUAAAGGCCAAAAAGCAAGAAGAAACUUCAUUAGCAGGAUCAUUAGCUGAUGCUUUGAAAAAGAGACAAGGUGUUACUAGAGAUAGUGAUGAUGAAGAAGCAGAAGAAGACGAUGAUGAUGAUGAUUGGUAA